UCACAGACAGCAAAGGGGGGAAAAGUAGGGAAUCGCUGAGGAGAUCGCCGGCAUCGGAAGAUGAUACUCGCCGUGCUCUUCGCCAACUCCGAGGGCAACAUCCUCAUCGAGAGGUUCCACGGGGUCCCCGCGGAGGAGAGGCUGCACUGGCGCUCCUUCCUCGUCAAGCUCGGCGCCGAGAACCUCAAGGGGGCCAAGAACGAGGAGCUCCUCGUCGCCUCACACAAGUCUGUCUCCAUUGUUUACACCGUGAUUGGGGAUGUCUGCUUGUACAUCGUUGGCAAGGAUGAGUAUGAUGAGCUUGCUCUGUCCGAGGUGAUCUUCGCUGUUACGUCGGCAGUGAAGGAUGUCUGUGGGAAACCACCUACCGAGCGCCUCUUCCUUGACAAGUACGGGCGAAUCUGCCUGUGCCUUGAUGAGAUCGUCUGGCAGGGCCUGCUGGAGAACACGGAGAAGGACAGGGUCCGGAGGCUGAUCAGGCUAAAGCCACCCGUUGAACCAUGAUUCAGAAUGAAUGUAUUCUCAAUGUAUAAUGUGUCUAUUGUUGUAAUCUUAUAUCACUUUAUUAGAACAAGAUAUCCACCUACACUUUUGCCAUUUUGUUCACCCAUGUAUUAUUAUAUUUUCUGGAGGGUCUGUACAUGUGGCCUUCAGCAGUUUGCAUUA